AUGAAUGAAACAGAAACAACACAACAGCGAGAAACAACUGCCUGUAUUUGUAAGGUUUGUGGUGAAUCUGCUCAAUAUUCGUACUAUGGCGCCAUCGUUUGUCGUUCAUGCAAAAUUUUCUUUAGACGAAAUGCUCUGAAGAAAUCGACACUUUCGCCAUGUGAUUAUGACGGAAACUGUGAAAUCAAUAUCAAUAAUCGUCGGAUAUGUGCAUAUUGUCGAUUAGCAAAAUGCUUUGCCAUGGGUAUGAUGAGUGAUCUGAUUCGAGGUCCUCAAACUACAAAACAUCGAAAAGCUGAGAGCAACACUUCGACAGUAACAGCUUUAGCCAGAAUACAUGAACCUUCAUUGAUUCCCACCGUGAACCUAUUACGAGCAGAUCAAUCUACAUUGAGUGUCGAUCAAUGGAAUCAAAUAUCGAACCUAGUCCAUUGUUUUGACGCUUACAGUGGUUUUUCGUUUGUUGAGAAUUUUGUGAAGGAGCAGGAUAUGCUACCAUUGAAGGCUCGAUUUAAAUACACAUCAAAUCGUGAUUUUCUUUCGUUAUCUGUACAUGAUCGAAGUACAUUACUCCAUCAUACAGUCGAAUACACUACGGGUGUCGGUGUUGCUUCUAUGCUGCAUCACGUGCAAUUAUAUGCAAAUCCGUCCUUUGUCAACUCUGCCGAACUUAUUUUUCGACCAUCAGCAGUUGCAUCAUUUGUUCGUUUAAUUGAUCAACUUGAUCCUGAUGUGACAGUGGUGAAACUGAUGUGUGCAAUACUUUCUUUUAUGACAUCUAGGUAUACUACCUACUCGGCAGCAGUCGCUGCUAAUUUAUCGAAUGUGACCGCAGUGAUUCGAGCUCAAGAUAUGUAUGCUGAACUGGUAUGGCGAUAUCUUCUUUACAAAUACAACUAUCGUGAUGCCGUUCUGCGUUUUUUCAAUUUGAUUAAAUGCUUUUUUCUGAUGAACGACUCAAUCGCUGAAGCGUAUGAAACACGAAAAUAUGCAGAUAUGAUAAACUGUGUGAUCGAAGCAACGGAAGAAGCAAACACUUGUCGAAAUUAG